AAGACAGCUAACCAUGGUAAACAAUGGUAAAUGCACGGUAUUAUCAUGGGGAAAGUAUGAGAAAACUGAAAACUGCAAAAUGAUCAACCAAAUUUACAGUGGUAAACUUUCAUAAGGGCACAAGGGUGAUUUUGUGCAGACACUGCAGACUCCCAGUAACACACUUUAUACCCCAGUAACCUGUUUAUCAAGCUUUCAAACAUGUUCCUCACAGUCUUUCAUGAGCACAUUGCAUUGCGGUUGUCAUGAUGUGGGCUUUCAUUUUGAUUCCUCCAAUUGCUUUCCUUUAUGUUACCUUCUUAUUGGCCAGGCGUAAUACAGCAUGGAAUGCAACCACUGAUCAGACACUGCAGCCACUAAAUCUUUUCUUCAGAACCCCUGUGCAAGAGGUUUAUUUUCAGCUGUCCAGUUCAUGUGGUGUCUGUCAGUCAGGUACAUGAUGUCUCCUGUUACCAGAGUUUCAGUUUUCUUCAGUGAGCUGGGUGGAGUUUGAACUUUCAAGGUAAAAAGGUGUUCAAAUUGAUGGGUUUUGAGAGGAGCAGCCUUCUCUACCACUGGAAACCGUAAAUUGGACUAGACCUUUCUCAGUCAAGAAGGUAAAUUACUGUAAUUAAAUUAAUUAACUGUAUAAUGAGAACUGGGACACUUUUACUCAGAAAGUGUCUUUUUGACCAAAGGAGGUGUGGGGACAGUAUUUUCACCUCCACUUCAGUCAUCCAUAAAGGAGUGGUGAAUUUCAUUAUGAAGACCAGAUUGAUCAUAUGUAUUAUUGCGUUUUACAUAACAGUGUUAGUUUGCCUGGGAGACAGCAUCCAACAGCUUAUGGCUGAUAAGGAAACAAUUAUCAAGAUAGCAGCUUCUGGCAAAUUGAUUCAGUGUUCAGCGGCUAUUGAUGUAAUCCUGCUUAUGGAUGGUUCAUACAGCAUUGGAAAAGGAAGCUUUGAAAGAUCUAAACACUUUGCAUCCAAAGUAUGUGAUGUGCUUGACAUAAAUCCAGACCGGGUGCAGAUUGGAGUGAUACAAUACAGUUCCAAACCUAAAUUAGAAUUUGCUUUAGAUGCUUAUCCAACAAGAGAAGAAGCAAAAGAAGCCAUCAAAAAUAUUCACUUUAGAGGGGGGAGUACAGAAAUUGGUCGUGCCAUUAAACAUGUCCUGAGAAAAGGAUUCCAAGGGGGAAGGAAUGAAGUUCCUAAGAUUAUGAUAUUACUCACAGAUGGGAAAUCACAGGACAACAUUAUUCCUCCAGCCGUUUUUGCAAAGAAAAGUGGAAUAACCCUAUUUGCAGUGGGAAUCAAACAUCCACAAUGGAAAGUACUACACAGUGUUGCAAGCGAGCCCAGUGAGAUGUAUGUCUUCUUUGCUGAACACUACGACGAUGCAGUAAAUGGACUUUAUACAACUCUAACACAGAGCACUGUUUGCAAUGACGUUCCACCUUCAUGUUAUGUGGAGUCUCGGAACUGCCAGAGAACAACCAUAGAGGCUCAGAAAGAGUACAAGGGAAAUCAUAUUUGCUGGAAGGGCAAAAAUACAGGAUUUUAUGUUAAACCCAUGGCUAGUAUAUGUCCUGUCUAUGGGUGGAAACGGGUAGAAAGUAAAAUACAUAGCCAAUGUCACCGAACACUGUGUCCAGAUCCCUGUGAGUCCAACCCCUGUCUCAACGGAGGAACCUGCAUUACAGAAAGUGUGGAAGAGUUCAGCUGCCUGUGUCCCCUUGGCUAUGGGGGAGAUAAGCAUUGCGCAGGAAACAGAUACCUCAUACCCGCAGGACUAGUUGAAUGCACAGUUGAUCUGAUCUUCUUGCUAGAUGGAUCCUGGAAUAUGGGCUUAGAAGGAUUUCUCUUAGCUAAAGAUUUUAUCAAAAGACUUGUUCAGUCUGUGUUUGAUUCCACCACCAAAGUCCGAAUUUCAGUUGCCCAGUAUGGAGAUAAAGUCAACAUAGAAAUCCCCAUUGGACGCUAUGGCACUGUCUGGGAAUUGAUGAAGGACAUAGACAAUAUCCACUUUAGAGGUGGGAACACUUUCACAGGAAGAGCUCUGGAUUACAUUGCGGAAUAUGGUUUCAGAUCUGCUCAGGGGUCUAGAAUGGAGGUCCCCCAUGUUUUGGUGGUAUUGUCCAAUUCCAAGUCACAUGACUCGGUAACUCUUCCUGCAGAGAAUGCCAGAGAGAGGGAAAUAUUCAUUCUAACUGUCGGCAGAAGCAGCAGAUUGUUCAAUGAAAUGAACCUCAUCACUGGAGACUCACGUCUGGUGUUUACCUUCAGUGAUCCGCAGGAGCUGUAUGGCAAAGUUAUGGAACUUAGAACAAAAAUAUGUGGAUUAAAUACAGCGGGCUGUUAUUCAAAGACUCUGGACCUGGUAUUUGCUUUGGAUGCAUCCCACAAAGUUGGAAGACAUGACUUUCGUCACAUCAAAGGCUUUGUUAAAAACAUAAUUUCACAGUUCGACAUUGACGCUGACCUCACCCAGAUCGGACUGGUGAUUUAUAGUGACAAGCCCCGGACAGUCUUCAACUUGGAUACCUUUGACAGUGAGGGGAAAAUGAAGAAAAGUCUAAGUCUGGCUCCAUAUUUAGGUGGAAACGCAUGGACGGGUAAAGCCCUGCAGUAUAUAACAGAAGACACUUUUAGUGCCCAGAAGGGUGCCAGACUGGGAGUCCAAAAAGCGGUUGUAUUAAUAACAGACGGACAAAGUACAGAUGAGGUCACUACUGUUGCUGAGCAACUGAGACGACAUGGAGUUACUGUUCUUUUGACUGGAGUGGGGGAGGCCCAGUCACAGACUCUUCUGAGAAUAGCUGGGAACCCCAAGUUCAUGAUUCCAGUACCUACCUAUGAACAUUUAAAACAUUAUGAGGCUAACCUGGUACAUAAGAUAUGUGAAGGACUCUCUCAGCAUAUGUUCUUCUGGCCAUGACAUGGGUCUAUGAUCACGUCAGUCCUGUUUUAGGCACCUGGACAAACCUAAUACAGGUUAUAAAGGGACAGUCCUCCAUGCCAAAUGAUGGUGGUGACUAAAACAGCUUGGAGUGUCACCAUGAAUACCACUGAGAGUAUUACUGACAUGUCAAAAAUGUAUUUGUGCUGGUUUUAGAAUAUCCCGUAUGAACAUGGAUUAAUGUGUGUGCAUAAUCUUAAAGAAGUUCUUAACCCUUAUAAUAGUCUGUAUUUUAUUAGCAGUUACUCAAAACAGCCAAAAUUCCAAUAUGAUGUCAUUUGCUUCUUCGCUGAAUCAGGCAUUGAUCUUAGAACAAAAUAUUUAGAUAAAACAGAAGUAUAAUUGACAACUGAUUAUAAAACACUUUAAAUAAAAAUAAAUAAUACCGGGGUACGGGGAAGGCUGUUGACAGUGUGAACCUAUUAGUAAAGACACAAAUAUAUUAUUUUGUGUAAAAAUGUGCUUGUUCAAAUGAUAAUACAUUACAGCAUCUUCAGAAUUUUUUUUUACUUACCAUGAAAGGAUAUUCAUGUAAGUAUUUCAGUCUGCCAGUGCAACCUGUAGUAACAAGAGUCAAUUUUCUUGAUUACUUUUUUUUAGCGCAAAAUACUUUUAAUUUUAGAACAUUCUUACCUUUUAUGAUAUCUGCAGUAGUUGUGAAUAGCUGUGAGUGUUGUUGCUCAAAUAUUAAAUUUUGUUUAUUUUCUUUUGUAUGACCUUCUAAAUUAAACUUCUAAAACAAAACAAACCAUAAAAAACACAUAAUACUUCAUUCAAGCCCCUGAAUUAAAAGUCUUAGUUGUUUAUUUAUGAUUUGGCAACUUUAUUGGGUACGUUUCUCCUUUCUGAAAAACUUGUGCUCAUGACAGAAGUAAAUAGCUUUGAGAAAUUAGUCUUGGUGUACUUACAGAAAAUGGCAUUAAGCCAUUCCUUAUCAUUACAGAAAUAGGGCUCAUUAUUCCUUACAGCCAUAACUGGAUUUGCUGUAUGCAGAGAAAACCCAAGAGUAAAAACCCAUGAGUAACGUGGUGAGGCCUGAAGGAUCAGAUGUGAGCGUUUCAUAGAGAUGAGUAAUGCAAUACUGGUUGUAAAUAGUACCAGAACAUGUAGAAGUUAGGACCUUUUAUUAUAGAAAUGAAUGCACUCAAAAAUGCAUUUCUAUGAGGUGGAAUUCUUUUUCAUAUUAAUUUGCUUGAUGUACUCUUAUUUAUGUUUAAAUAUAUAGCACUUUGUCAAAGAAAAUAGCAAUAUCUAUAGGAACAACAAAAACUAUAGUAAGUACAGUGGCAGAAAUUCAGCUAUUACAUAAUCAAACAAACAUAAAUCAAUGAAAUUAGGGCUGUCGAGCGAUUUAAAAAAAUUAUCGUGAUUAAUCUCGCGAUUCUUGGCAUAUUACUGAUGCUAUUAGUAGUAGUAGUAGUAUUUUAAAGUUCUUCUUAUUACCUAUAAGGUCUUAUAUGGUCUUAAACCUUAUCUUCAAGAUCUGCUGAUCCUAUAUGUCCCUGGCUGUUCCCUGAGAUCGGCUAAUCUUCUGACAGUCCCUAAAAUGUGUUUGAACUCUGAUGGAACCAGGGCAUUCAGUUAUAAUGCCUUUCAUUUUUGGAACUUGGUCCUGAGGAAUGCUAGCACAAUUAAACUUUUAAACCCUGUGUGAAAAUGUAUUUGUUUAGGUCUGUUUAUUUGUAGUUUAUAUUAUAUAUUAGACACAGACUUUUUUAUAUUUCUUUUGUAAAGCACCCUUGAAUGGUUGCAUUUAGAGCGCUACAGAAGUGAAAUUUGCUAUUAUUAUUAUUAUUAUUAUUAUUAUUAUUAUUAUUAUUAUUAUUAUUAUUAUUAUCCAAAAAAAGAACCCAGCAUAAAAAAAAAGAAAACAAAAAAAAAAACAUGGUCCUAUUUCUUUAUAGUUUUAGAUUUAUUUAUACAGAAUUAUACACAAAAACUCCAGCAUUUGUUACAUUCUCAUACUUAGCUUCAUUCAUGGGCUUGCAGCGAUCUUGAAUUUCUAAAAGUGUACUAUGUCGAAAUUGACGGUUUUGUUGCGUUGCUAGAAAGUGUAUUUUGAGAAGUGUGUUUAGCACACAGGUGGUUCUUCAGAUUAGAUGUAGCCCAUGUUUGUGACACUGAAAGUUUCAAUUUGACAGUAGAUACAUCAAAGUUAUUCUUUUAAAUAAACUUCCCAUUCACAAGUCCUUCACUUUUAGUACUUUGCUCCAUAAUGCAGUUAUAUGACUUUCUAUGCAAACACCGACUGCAUUCAUUGAGUUGCAUGCACGCAAGUAUAUCUGAUGCAUUGAAUGUUACGGUAUGCUAAGAGGGUCAAGACAGAGGAGUGCGAUUUAACACGUGUUAAUAAAAUUAAUCUCCAAAGAAAUUAACACUUUAUUUGUCGAAGUUAAUUAUGAUUAUUUGAUGGCCCUAAAUGAACUGUGUCAAAAGAACCUUAUACAUGCACUGUAGUUUGUAGAAAGUACGUAAGAAUUAUUUGUAGUUAUAAAUUAAUUGCCAAUAAAAAUUACUAUUUUUUUAUGGGUUAUAAAGAAUUUAACUGCAUGUGAUUAUAAUUAACAUGUUAUCUACCAUAUACAAUAUUGGUACAAGCUUGUUUGAUUUUAUUAUCAGUUCAAUACAGAUGUUAGAGGUCCUAGCUAAUGCUAUAAAACCUCAAAUCUUACUUGUCUUGCACUCCUGUUCACUAUGUAGGUCUUACAUGUGCAGUUUUGAAUAAAGCGCAAGUUACUGCAAAUGUAAUUUCUUGCACUUCCUACACUACGUCAUAUUCAUCAGGAGAGUGACUUGGUCCCCACCACUUAAACAGCUUCUAUCCUGCCAUUAAGCCUCAUCUAAUUAAGGGAUAAUGGCAUUGAUGCAGCGUGUUACAAACCACAGGUCGAGGGCAUUACGGGAACAUGUUUUUUAUUAUUAAGGAACACUAUUACACUUCCAAGUUAUUUAUUUAUUUACCUCUUUGUCUGACAAUCACUGUAAUCCACUGUAAUCCACUGAAAGGUAACUUUUGACAGCAGAGCCUGUGUCUCUGUGGAGCGUUUCUUCAGUUAGCACUGGUUUUAGAACAGAAGUCGUUAAUUAGUGCCAUCUUUUCCAUUACUUAGUUAUAACAAUAACAGUUCACCUCCAUAGAAAACAAUGGGAGAGCAGUGUCUGGUUGUUGUGUAAUGACUGAUAUUUUUUGUAGCCUGCUUUAGCACCAAACAUAUUGCUGAAGUGAAAUGGCCUUACAAAGAGCUUCCUUUAACCCAGUAUGAUCCCAGAUAUUUGUUUUAAAUAAAAAAAAAAAAUAGUCUUUGCCAUAACAAGUGCUUCUUUCAAAACAGCA